GGGCAGAAGAAGAAGCUGAAUAAAAAGCUUGGAUCUUCCAGAGACUAUCAUCACUAAACCGGAUUGUAUUGUAAAUUAUUUAAUUGCGGCUAAAAAGUGGUAUAUCCGAUCCAAAAUGACAUCUUCCAUUUCUCCCGGGGAUCAUCUGGUGGAAGUGCCCGACGGGGAUCCGUCUUCCUAUUGUCGCCUAUGUUUAUCAGAAGUGAACGUUGAUUCGUUGUUUCCGGAUGGCCAAGGUCCCCGUCACGAUGUGCUCAAUCGAAUACAUCUGUGCACUGGUUUACGAAUCACUCAGGAGGAUGACUAUCCCUCGGGACUAUGCUGGAUGUGUUCGAUAUCAUUGGAGGAAUUUCAAUAUUUUCGGGAGCGUUGUCACCGUUACGAUGCACUGAUCAAACGCAAGCGGAAGUUACUUGCAGCAAUUUCAAUGGGCAGUAGCCAGCAAGGUGCAGGGCUUAUGGCAGAAUUCGACGUAACUAUCCAGAACGAUGAUUGCGCAGACGACGAUACGCCGUAUGAGGAUGACGAUUCCGAUGACGACAACAGACCAUUAAUUAGCUUGACAUCGCUUACACAGGGUAUUGAUGAUUCCCAUGCUGAAGAAGAAAUAGUACCCCAAUCUGAAAUACGAGAUCAAAAGCCCGAUCGAGCUGCACUUGAUGCUUACAUAGAGCAAUACAAAGCUAAAAAAGUUAUUGAUAGUAAGCCUCUCGUGGAGCCGACCAAAAAAGCACCAGCACCGCCGCAAAAAUUGCUACCAUAUCAAUGUCCAGAUUGUAUGAGAAUUUUCAAAAAUAAAGCCACUCUUCGGGAACAUAGUCGUUUACACAUUGGUAUUAUGCCAUUUCCUUGUAAUCAAUGUGGUACCGGAUUUAGUCGGUUGGCGUCGUUGGAGGCACACAAGAAAAAAUAUCAUUCAAAAGAUUCCACGGAAGCACCUCCUCAGAAUCUCAAAUGUCCUUACUGUCCUCGAUUGUUUCCGCGUAAACUGGAUCGUACUCGGCACUGUAUGUUGGCUCAUCCUGAGCGUUAUCCACCUACAAAGUACGGGGCCAGUACAGCCAGGAAUACGCCAACGAAUAAGGAUCAAGAACCUCAAUCGAACAUUCAUUCUCCAAACAUACUGAAAAAAGCGCUCACAAAAAGUAAGACUCCAACACCAAGCCAAGCAUCAACCCCGGUGGCUGAUGCAAUGUCCGGCUCAGAGUUUUGCUGUAACAUGUGUACUAAGAGUUUCGAAUCCAUAGAAAAUUUACAAGAACACAUAAAUGAUGAACAUCCUAAAGGCGGACUUCUGCGAUGUGCUUUGUGUCCAAAAGUUUUCAAAGCUAGACAAAGUUUGCGCAUGCACAUCCUCAAUCAUCAGGGCAAACUACCAUACGAAUGUGAAGAUUGUGGAUCCCGUUUCGACCGACGUUUUUAUUUACUGAAGCAUCGUCAACGCUAUCACAAUGGUGAUCAAUCUAAGGCCAUUCAAGGUCAUUAUAAGUGUCGGUUUUGUCCCCGAAUGUUUAUUCGAAAAACAGAUCGCAAGACCCAUACUCGGUUGGUACAUUCAACUGAAACUAAAAUUAAAAAGGAAACCCCUGAUAUUCCAGAACAGACAGAGAACUCGAUAGUCAAACCGAAAAGUUCACCUGCAUUUAAAACUUCUCCAAACAAAAAGCAACCAGAUGCAGAACUUCCACCUCAACUACCCGAAAUCAGUUACGAUUGCAUGCAGUGCGGUGAGAAAUUUCCAUCCGCCGAAAUGCUGCGUGAGCAUUCCGAAGAUCAACACGGCAAACCGUUGAAGGAGGAUAUAAAACCCACCAUUAAACCAUUUAUCCAACCGGAACCGGCCAAGAUGGGCAAGGUCCUGCAGCGCAUGAUGAACAACCAAGGACGCUACAAGUGCCCUUACUGUCCGAAAACCUUCUCGCGUCACUACGUUAUGAAAGAGCACACAUUCAUACACACUGGCUCGUUGCGUUAUCGUUGUGAUGAAUGCUAUGCCAUGUUCAAUCGGCCCAACUAUUUGCAGACGCACAAGUUAAAAUACCACAGUCCCAAUUCAACAUUCCAGUGCAUAAAGUGUCGCUUUUGUACGCGGAGCUUUGUACGGAAACAAGACAUUCGAGUACAUGAAAGAAUCGCUCAUGGAAUUAUGAGUGCGAAAGGUGAAAAUUCCCCCGAACGAGAGGUUCUUGAAUCGAUUCCCAAUGAAGAAGAAGAGGUAGAAGAGAAUCUAAGUUUUGAGCAGUACACCCAAAACAACGGAGAUGGAGACGAAGAAUAUGAUGACGAUGUGGAAUUCGACGAGAGAGAAGAGGAAGUUUUUGAUCUAGACGGAUAUGAUGAAUCCAUGGAAAUGCCUGAUCCAGAAAGUGUGGAGAUCCGUGAUGUAGUGGUCAGUCUCGAACGAAUCUCGAUCCCUGAAGAGAUGUUACAUGAUUUGGAAAACUCCUACGAUAACAAUGAAGAAGAUGAAAAUGAUGAUGACGAUGGCGACGAAGAGUAUGGCGAAGACAAUGUUGGUGAGCCAUCUGGGAAUUCGCGUGUGCAACUCACGCUCCACCGUUGUCCCAAGUGCUUCAAGGUGUUCAAGACGCGUAAAUCGCUACAACAUCACAUGAUCUAUCACGAGAACAAUCUACCGUUUUCAUGCGAUGAAUGUGGCGUGCAAUUCCCACGCAAUCGUCCAUUGCAGGUGCACAAACAGCGAUACCAUUCCGAGGAUUCGCCAUACUUAUCAGCAAAGCGAUAUAGCUGUGAUUAUUGCCCAAGAAUUUUUCUGCGAGAUCGCGACAAAUUAUUCCAUAUGAAUACAGUGCACAUUUUGGAAACGAAAUAUAAUCGAGAUGAGGCAACUCCAGAGCUUAAAAAGGCUAAAGUGAAGAAACGAAAGGAUUAUGUAUGCAUUUUAUGUUGUGAUCGUUACGAAACUGAAAAGGCCUGCCAGCGCCAUAUAAAUGAGAAUCAUCCAAUGGAAGCACUUCCAUCACAACCUUCCACAGAAUCACCAGACAUGACGAAAGAACCAGAGAAUAUCGUUGAAAUGAGAGAAUCCAGCACUUCUGCUGACAAAGCUAUUGAUUUGAAGGAAAAUCAAUAUAAAGAAGAAGAUCUAAAUAAGGAAACUGAAGAGCUAGCUAAUGUGAAAGGCGACAACGGUACCGAUUCGGAUCUAGUAGAUGAAAACGAUGAAAAAACUGACCAAACGCCAUUCGAAAAAUUGGACAACCGAAACCUCGAAGCCUAUGACGAUACAGCAAAUCCAGCCCAGAAUUCAGAGGACGUAACGAACACCAACAUGAGUUUAGAAGAAGUUACCGAUUCGAAUGUUGCUUCCGAAGCUGAUCAAUUGAAAGAAGAAUCGACGCUGGAAGAAUCAGAAACCAACAACGUUGCCUCGUCACAAAAACCAGCUUUUCAAGGUUUGCGAGCGUACAAACUAUGUCGCUGCGCAAUAUGCUUAUAUAUGUUCAAAAAUCGGGACUAUUGGUUGGAUCACUUCCAGAACCAUGCGAAUGUACGGCCGCACCAUUGUGAACCUUGUCUGAUAAAGCGAAAAAGUCGAUCUAAUAAAAAGGUGACCUCGGUUGGCUUUAAAUGUCAGCACUGUCCAAAAGUUUUCAUCAAAUCUAGCACGCUUCGUGUGCACCAACGUCUCCACACUUCGGAAUUACGUUUUCCGUGCGACGAGUGCGGUAUGAAGUAUGACCGUUUCCGAUUGUUACAGAUACAUAAAGAUAAGUAUCACUCUGAGGAUUCGCAUCUGCAUCCACCUAUAGAAACUUUCGUGUGCGAACAUUGCCCCCGGACAUUUAUGAGGCAUCGGGAUCUUAAGGUUCACACAGAGUCUGUGCAUUUGAUUUAAACACAUUAUUAUGAGUAAGAAUUUGUCACUAAUGGAAUGUUUCCAGAGUAUUAUUCAACACUUUACGAGCGAAAAAUUAAACGCGUAGAGUUACACUAAAAACAAUCUAAAUAAGUCCCUACUUAUAUACUUCAUGCAUCAUUAUUAAGCAGAUCAUUUUUUUUAAAUAUUGUUUUAGUUUAUAAUUAUUAAUUUUAAAAAAUUGACAAUUUUUUUUUGAAGCGAUCGUACAUCAUAUUUGUGAUAUGGAUGAUUUUGUGUUUAAACCAACAAAAAAAUUGAGUAUCAUUGUUUAGAAUUAGAUUUACUUUAUGCUGUUUCAGUCCUAUAAUCAAAAAAUCUACAAAUUUCUUCCUGCUAAAUACUUAAU